AUGUGGAUGCAAAUCUUCAACUUGUGGAACAAUCGACGAAUCGACGGUAAAUUGAAUAUCUUCGAGGGUCUGACAAGGCACUGGUCCUUCAUUGGAAUCAACGUCAUAUUUUUCGGGGCUCAGCUUCUUAUUAUCUUCUACGGCGGCACUCCCUUUUCCAUUCCAACCACAACCUUGGAGGGCCGGCCUCCUCAGAGCGGGCUACAGUGGGGCAUCGCUGUUGGGUUUGGUUUAGCCUCCAUCCCAGUGGGCAUCAUGAUACGUUGUUUCCCUUACGAAUUCGUCCUGAAAUGUGUCCCAAAAUUCAUGAAGCGCCGGCGUAAUCGGGUUCAUCGUUCCCAGGUCUUUGUCAAAAAUGACCUGAGAUUCCUCAUGAAGUUUAAAGGCGGCCCUGUCAACAGCUUGACGUUCACCAACCAUGUAAGAGAUCUGUUGGGAUACGCCGUUCCCAGCCCAUCUUUUAGGCGCCCAAUUUCCGCUAUGGAAUCUCCCAUGCUUGUGCUCACACAGCCAAGCCCCUUAGCUAUGGCGUCCAAUCACUGCGCCGAAGAUCAAGCUAUCAGUACAACACGUGUGUCGGGUCCUGGGGUCUCAUCCCGGGCGUCCUCGCACACUCUUCCUAACGGCGGGGAGAGUAGACAACCUGCCGAAGAAAAGCCAGGUAGAGACGCUGCAGAUCAGCCGCAGUGGGAAUCAUCCUCGCGAGACGAGGAUAAUGACAGAGAGCCGUCUGUAAAUAACGACUCUACAUCGCGGAAUCCACUUUCGAUAUCGGAAAUCAAAAUCUCUCUCGGUGUCGGCAACCAAAACAACCAACCUGAAACAGAUGUUGCCGGGGAGGAAGGAUGGAUACUUCAAAUGACCCUCCACAAUUGGUUCAAGAUGUUGUUGAUGGAAGCGCACCCUUCGACGAUUUUAAACAGAAAUAUGGGAUUUCGUUAG